AUGGCAGCAUCUACAUUUGGAAUUAUCACAUCUCUGUCAUACGGUGUUUACUCCUACGAACUGAUCGUGCCUUCUGAUGAAGCUCCUGUGAGCACAAAUGUCACCAUGAUGUAUACCGAAAGAGAAAACCAUGGCCAAAAUGCAACAAUUAUUGCCGGUGACCAACGUGUGUGUACAAAUUGCUCAAACGAAUUAUGGGAAUUGGAUGAAGUAGACAAUAAUAACAAAACAGAAAGGCACACUGGGUUCGAGCUUUUCUAUACUGGUCUUUGCGCUCCCAAUUAUGUUCUAACUGGCCCUCAGUUCCUGAACAUUUAUCAACGUGCGUAUGCUGGGACAUAUCUGCUAUCCUUUGUCAUCGUUUUCGUCCUGUAUGGCCUUAUAUACCGGUCAAUACACAAGCACCGUGCGAAACGAAGCAAGAGAAAACGUUCCAAUCUUUAUCCCUCUGGUAUUGAGUUCUCGAAUGUUGAAACACAAUUCACAGCGGUGACACACGUUAAUCCUCACAGUGGCCGACGGAUCGAUCCAAAUCUCGAAAAUGGUGAAAAUGAUGACUUUGACGCCGAAACCCCUUUAGAGAUGCAGCCAAUGAGACCAAAACCGAGAAAGGGACCGCGGGCAAUAUCAAUUAAGGAGAAAACAUUAUUAGCCAAUAUUCGGACGGCUGUCAUGUUGUUUGUUGUUACAGUUGUUUUCCUGGUUGCAUUUCUGCCUGCUUGGCUUAUGGGAUUACAAGCAAUGGAGUUUAACGCUGUGAUUUUCUACAUGUAUUUUGUAUAUCAUACUGCAAAUCCUUUCAUUUACGCAUUCAUGAACAAGUCUUUUAGAGACGACCUUGGAAAGGUUCUCAAGUGCCAGAGUAUACCCCUUGUUCGUUAA